CUGUCUUUUUUUCAUUCAGAUGCCAUAUGCAUGCUUCCUUCUUCAUUAUCUCCCUUUGCUUUGGAUAUGGACGGAAGUAGAUUAUUUAUCAAAAGAAGAAGUGAACUAACUCGCUAUUCUGGUCUCAUCAUAUGCACGUUAGUGUUGUUGCAUUAAGAUAUGUGGUACCAAAUGGCUUAAACUUCUGUUGUGACCAUCUGAGGGUAGAGCUUCAACAGAAUGUGCUUUUCAUUGGAUUAAGUGGACCUCUGGAUUUGUUCAGAUCAAUGCAAGUUAAUCACCAUCUAGCUGGUUACCCUAACCAGAGUCCAGUGGUUCUUAUGCAGCAUGCUCCACAAGCGAUGUCCUUUGGUGUAAGCAACAUGGAAGACACCCCCCAAGAAAUGCAGUUGCUUGGUGCUGUCAGACUCAAUAGAGUUGAGAUGCCUGAAGCAUAUCAUGAGGGUUUGAAUGAUGUAAGAGAAGUCUCUGGACAUACUGAAGGGAAGCAGCCAGUGUAUCAGCGUAUGAAAUGGUCAGAUGACAUGGUUAAGCUUUUGAUUACUGCUCUUUCUUACAUCGGAGAAGAUGCUUUGAGCAAUGGAGUUCUUGUCAAGAAGGGUAAAUGGAGGGCCAUUUCCUGUGUUAUGUCUGAAAGAGGUUAUCGUGUGUCGCCUCAGCAAUGUGAGGAUAAGUUUAAUGAUCUGAACAAAAAAUUCAGGAGACUGAAUGAUAUACUUGGGAGAGGUACUGCAUGUAAUGUUGUGGAGAACCCUGUGCUUCUGGAAAGGAUGGACCUACCUUAUGAUUUGAAAGAGGAAAUGAACAAGAUUUUAGGUAGCAGACAAUUGUUCUAUGAAGAAAUGUGCUCAUACAACAAUCGGAAUAGAUUAUUCCUUCCCCAUGAUCCAGUGGUUCAGCAGUCUGUGUUUUGGGCUGUGAGAGGUAAAUACAAUUAUGAAACUGGAAGCAUGUCACAGGAUUUGCCUUUGAAGAGGAAGAUAGGAGGAGAAGAAAGAGUUUCUAAUAUGGCCUGUGCAUCUCUGGACCGUACCACUACAGCAGAUCCAAAUUUGGUGCAGCAUAUGCCUGCAAAAAGGAAAGCAGGAGGUGAAGAAAGAAAUUUGCAUAUGGCCCGUUUAUCUCUGAACGGUACCACCACAUUAGAUCCAGAUCCAAAUAUGUUUUAUCCUAAUAGCAAUGGGAUUCACUUCUCUUUGAACAAUAAGGAGAAAAAAAUACAGGAUGAGCAUAUUCUCCAUCGCUUACAGCAAUUGGAAGAACAAAAGCUACAGAUUCAGGCCCAAUUUCUGGAAUUGGAGAAGCAGAGGGUCAACUUGGAGAUUUCCUGCAGUGAAGAAGACAUGGAGUUACAAAAGAUGCAGCUGGAUAAUAAGGUUAUCAAGCUUGAGAAUCAGCAACUGAUGCUUGAACUCAAACGUGGUGGAAAGCAGCAUUUUGUCUGAAUCACGUACCAGUGUUGCAGUUUGUGGUCUGUACUUUUCUGUCUUGAAGUACCUUCUUUUAAACUUUCAAUGUGUAUUUUCUCUUCUUGUUCAUGUUUACUAUCUUUUGGUGUAGUAUGUGCAAACUUUUAAUCUA